AUUAAACUAAAUCUUUUAAUUUCACUUUAUUCAGGAAAAAUGAAGAGUGAUGAAUAUUUUAUGAGUGGAAAUUUUAAAACUUUAUAAAAACUCUAAAGAAAACCUUAAAAAUUUCCGUCCAAAACGUGCCGUGCCAUUAACGGCGGCUACUAGCGGCGGUGUUUGAAAAGGUAACUUAACCAUGCGCACGGUAAAAAAAAAAAAAGUUACAGAAUUCCGCUAUAAAAAUUUUAACUUUUUAACAGAAUAGGAAACGAAAAGAAGAGGAAAGGGAACAAUUUUGGUUCUAUCUUUUGAUAGCAGAGAGAAAAAGAAAAAGCACACAACUCAAUGCGCCACUUGUUUUAUUCGAAGAAAAGAAGGCAUCUUUCUUUUGCUUCUUUCUUUUUCUUUCUCUUUCCUUACCAGCGAUUAGCAGAAGCAAAUUACUAACGGAAGAAAAGAAAAAAAAAAACACAAACUCAAAACGCAGAGAGAAAAAUGGAUGCAUUAUUUGUAGGCGGAAUCAUUCUGGACGAGUCGGUGCUACUGGACGACAAUUCUGAAACCGCCGCACUCCGAUCAUCAGCUGUCUCUUCCCUCCUCCGCAAACUCCGCCAUUCUAAGCUCCAUCUGGGAAUUUCCUACUCAUCAUCUCUUUCUCACGACAAGGUGAACUUGCUUAAAAACACAGCAAUUCAAUACUCCUUUGAUUGUUUUGUUUUGGAUGGCUCUAAUUAUAAUGAUGCAAUAACGUUAGCUUGGGGUGAUAACAUUGGAGGAAGCGUUUUGUAUGUUGUUUCUAAGACCAAGAAUCACACAUUUAGUCAAGUCAGCAAUUUGAAUUGGAUGAUCAUUGUUGUUGAUCCUGAAGGUGUUCCUUUAUGCGGUAAUUCGAAAAAACUAUGUAUAAGUCGAGUGGAAGAAUUGUUUUUGACCAUUUCCCUCUUAAAUAGAAAGGUAAUCGGCAAUAAUAUUGUGACUGUUGGUUAUAUUAUGAAACCUUCCCGAGAAGAAGAUUUUGCAAAGAGGGGUGCAUUUCCCAUGUCUCCUACUCCAAAUGGAUUGAUGUUUAUGCCUCUAACAUUUGAACUCCCCUUACUUUCUCAACUACAACAUGUGGACAUAGUUCUACAUAAAGCAACAGAUGAAAUCAUCUCUGUUGAAUUAACCAGCUCUACAGAAUCUUCAAACAGCAUUACUUACACCACAGGCAUGCAGGAAUUACAAAGAUAUAUGGAACAUCACUCUGGUUGCUUUGUGAUUGACCCGCUUGAUAAAAUAUAUCCUGUCUUGGAUCGGUUAAAAAUCCAACAAAUUCUUCUUGGGCUGGAGAAUCUCAAUACAGAAGGCCGUCACACAAUCAGAGGACCCCAUUUCCUAAAGGUUAAUGAUUUUAAUGAGCCUGAUUUAGCACAGAGGUUGUCAGAAGCUAAACUAUCUCUUCCAAGUAUAGUCAAGCCUCAGAUUGCCUGUGGGGUAGCUGAUGCUCACAGCAUGGCAAUUGUCUUUAAAGUUGAAGAUUUUAAGGAUUUAAGUGUUCCUCUUCCGGCAGUUGUUCAGGAAUAUGUAGACCAUUCUUCCACUUUGUUCAAGAUCUAUGUCCUGGGUGAGAAAGUUUUCUAUGCUGUUAAGAAAUCUACACCAAAUGUUGAUAUCUUAAUGAAAUUAUCUGAAAAAAAUGGACUUGGACCUUUAAUCUUUGACAGCUUAAAAUCUCUUCCUACUGGCAGCGAGGAUUCUUGUACAGAGAGUCAUUUUGAUAUUGGUCUAGUCACUGAUGCUGCAAAUUGGCUUGCAAGAAAACUUGAUCUUACAAUCUUUGGUUUCGAUGUUGUUAUCCAAGAAGACACUCAUGACCAUGUGAUUGUGGAUGUAAAUUAUCUCCCAUCAUUCAAGGAAGUGCCGAACGACGUGUGCAUCCCUGCCUUCUGGGAUGCUAUUAAAAAGAAAUUGGAAUCAAGAGAGAAGAUAUAAAAUGGUAUGAAUCUGUCAAGUAGAUUUUUCUUUGAUUGCAUUGGUCAUCGACCAAGACAAGAAUUGGAAAACUAUUAAAGAUAAAUGAUCUUAUGUUUCUAACUAAUCCAUUUCCUGGGAGGAGCAUUUGCAAAACUUGAAUUUUAUAUCCAAGGAAUGCAUACUCGGGCAGUUUCAAGGAGAGAAUUCUUUCUUUCUUUUUCUGGGUUUCCUCUAUUUCCCCUGUCCGAAAAUUUUCAACAAGCUCUAUGUUUAAACAUAAAGCAGCAAUUCACAUGACGCUCAUAUUAUGAAUAUUAACAGUUAUCAAAGUUUCAAUCUUUCUGUUGAUUUUUAUUUUUAUUUUACAGAAACCCAAAAAAUAGUAUCUGUUAUUAUUAA